GCUGACCUACGCAAGCCUCGACCCUACACCCUAGCCCCUGGGGCGACUUCUUCCUCAACCACAACCCAUGUACUCAAUCUCAGUAUUUGGCUAUGAAGGACAUGGCAAGUAUCAAGAACGAGCGAGUGAGAAAGUUCAUCUUGGAUGCCGGAUGUUCUUCUGAUUUAGCUAUGAAGAUUGAUCUUGUGGACACAUUGGAGCGUACCGGUGUGGCUUAUCACUAUGGCCAGGAGAUAGAAGAGUUACUUCAUGGCAUGCAUAGUGAAGAAAAUGUGUUUGGUGACAACCUAUGUGUAACAGCGAUGCGGUUCUACUUGUUAAGGAAGCAUGGGUACAACAUCUCUCCUGAUGUAUUUUUGAAGUUCAAAGAUGACCAAGGAAACUUUCCAAGCAAUGAUGUGAACUCGUUGUUGGCAUUGUACAAUGCGGCGUAUCUUAGGAUUCGUGGAGAAGAAAUGCUUGAUGAUGUUGUGACUUUCACCAAGAAUCGACUACAAUCUAUGGUGGAGCAUCUUGAACCAUGGUUGGCAGAAGAGGUCUUGUGUACAUUGGAAACACCGCAUUUUAGGAGAGUCGAGAGAGUCGAAACAAGACGUUACAUUGCAGUUUAUGAGAAGAAGGCCACACGAGAUGAGGACAUACUGGAAUUUGCUAAGUUUGACUUCAACAUUUUGCAAACUCUAUAUUGCGAGGAGUUGAAAGCUCUUACGAUUUGGUGGAAAGACUUGAAAUCACAGGAAAAUCCACAAUUUGCACGAGAUAGAAUCGUGGAGGUUCAUUUUUGGAUACUUGGAGUUCUCUACGAGCCGCAAUAUUCUUAUUCACGUAUAAUGCUAACAAAACUAGUCUUAUUUAUGUCAUUGCUUGGUGACCUCUAUGAUAAUUAUAGCACCACAGAAGAAAGUAACAUCUUCACUGCGGCCAUGCACAGGUGGGAUGCACAUGUUGUGGAGCAAUUACCAGCAUACUUGAAGGCACUAUACAUCAACAUACUUAAGACCACAAAUGAUAUAGAGGAAGUUUUGAAGUGUCAGGAAAACAAGAAUGCUGAAUUCGUCAAAAAAUUGAUGAUCGAUGUUGUCAAAUGCUAUCAUGCGGAAGUCAAUUGGCGCGAUGAACACUAUGUAGCAACUACAGUUGAGGUGCAUUUGCAACUUUCAAUGGCCAGCAGUGCUUGUAUGCAUAUAAUAAGCCUUGUAUUCAUCUCACUUGGUGAUGUGACAACAAAGGAUAAUCUUGAGUGGGCCUUUUUCUAUCCAAAAUUUAUCAGAGGUGUAUGUAUUGUUGGGCGCAUUGGUAAUGACAUGGUUUCACAUGAGCGCGAACAAGGAUCGGACCAUAUGGUAUCCACGGUCCAAACUUGCACAAUAGAGCAUGGUAUCACGGUAGUAGAAGCCAAUGAGAAGCUCAAGGUGAUAAUUGAGGAAGCAUGUAUGGACAUAGUCCACGAACGCCUCCUCAAAAAACAUUCAAUGGUGCUUCUAGAGAAGGCAACAAAUCUUGCCCGGACAAUGGAUUGUAUGUACAAGCGUGAAGAUGCAUACACCCUAUCAUUUAGUCUCAAAAAGACCUUAACUUCACUUUAUGUUAACUUCAUAUGA